CACCACCACUCCCACAUUUCUUCCAUCCCUACUCAUCAACCUCACCCCUCUCUCCCUUUCUAGCUUGUUCAUCAAACUCCCAUAUCACCAACAUCAAAGAUCUCAUCCAUAUAGAUCAACCUCUACCCUAGCUACAUCACCCUUUCUUCUUCCACACCAAAUUAAUUAACCCUAUCUCUCGAUCUCUCCCUCUCUUCUUUCUUCCAUUGCACCUAGCUUUCAUCUUCUUCUCUUCUUCUUCUUCCUCUCCGGCCAUGGCGUCCACCAGCGACAGCCUCCCUUCGUCGCCGUCACUGCCCACCACCGCCGGCCUCGACGCCGCCGGUGGCGGCGACCAAGAAUUCUCCUCCUACCAGCACCACCAGAGUCUCUUCCUGCCAUCCUCCUCCUCCUCCUACCUCGACUCACCCUUCCAUGGCCUCCUCCACACCUCCUCCUCAUCCUCCGCCACCAUGUCCCCCUCGCAGGCGCCGCCGCCGCACCCUCCCCCUCCGGCGCCGACGUCCAACAACAAGCCGCCCAAGAAGCGGCCCAGAGCGUCCCGCCGCCCGCCCACCACCGUGCUCACCACCGACACCUCCAACUUCCGCGCCAUGGUGCAGGAGUUCACCGGCUUCCCCGCCCCGCCCUUCGCCGCCGCGCCGCCACCCGCCGUCCGCCCUCGCCUCCUGGGCGGCGUCGGCGGCGGCCACCAGCUCCCUCCCUUCUUGCUUCGCCCCUCCCCGCUCAAGUACACGCACAGCCACCCCACGCCGCCGCCGCCGCCGCCGCUACACCACCAGGCUUGCACCACCACCUCCUUCCUCGGCAACGCCGCCGCCGCCACCACCAGCACGAGCUCUCUCGUCGACGCGCUCGCGCUGUUCGCCAAGAGCAACGUGAUGGUGGCGCCGCCGCCGCCGCCGCCAACCUCCGCCGCCGCCUCGUCCAGCGCCGAUCAGUACCACCACCACCACGGCAUGACGAUGGGUGGUCUAUUCAACCCGUUCGACGACUACGAGGCCGCGGCGGCGGCCGCCGCCGCGGAAGGCGACAAGGUUGUGCACGGCGGCGCCGGCCAUGGCGGCUUCUUCUCCCCCUUGGGCGCCGGCGCCGGCGACGACAAGUACGAUCGGCACUAGCGCGCGCCGCCGCGUGUACGUAUCUCUCUCGAUCUCUAAAACCUCUGUGUGUUUUUGCGUGUGGAUCGAGAGAUCAAUCAAUCGAUCGAUCGAUGGAGAAAUUAAGAGAAGCAUUUGGAUUAUGGAUAGCUAAGCUAAGUUAAUGAAGCUGAGCUAGCUUCUACUACUUGGCCACUGCAACUGUGUUGGCAUUUGUUGUGAGGAGUUGAUUAAUUUCUUGUUAGUAAUUUGGUUUUGAGAUGAUACGAUGCAUGUAAAUAAAUUUCAUUUUGGGUUUUUUUUUUACUCGCUCGAUCCAACUUUUUCUUUUUUUUUUGGUAUUAUUUAAUUUCUUCCCGUGUGUGAAUUUUUUGUGCAAAUUUAUUGAAUUAAACGGAAUUAAGCUAUAGGGAAGAUAUAUGCGUGCAUUUGCCCUGAAAGAUUCAUAGAUUGUUCGUAGAAAAAAUAAAUAUGCAGACUUGUAAAAGGUCAUUGUGUUCGGUUUCCAUCGCUAGCGAGAGAGAGCUAGCCACCAAGAGUGUACGUCCUUAUCGAGAUGAUAGAUGAAAUCAUCCAACUGAGAUCCUUCAGUUUAA